CGUCUUGACAGGCGGAGAGCCGGCGGCGGUGCGGUGGGCAAGCUCUGGGGCCGUCCGUGGGUCACGGACGUAGCCGCUCCUCUCCCUCCUGCAGCUUCUGAGCGGUCCGGGCCCGCCCGGCUGCUGGGAGGCCUGUCGCGGGCGCGGGGGGCAGAACGGGGGCGGCCCUUUCCAGAGCCUCGUGGGGCCGCCCUCGUCAGGCGCGCCGGGUGGAGGCCGCGCGCCCUGCGCAGCGCCCUCGCGCGAGUCUCUGGGGUGCCGCUGCAAGGGCCCUCCCGUCCGCGGUCCCCGCGCAGCCUCCCCGGGCGGGGGCUGCCUGCACGUCCGCGGAAGAGCGCCGGCUGGUCCCGAAUCUCGGCGGCGUCUGCUGCUGGCGCGAGGGACGGGCCGCAGGCCUCUCAAGUCUUCACACAUUCCUUUAUCGGCUGAGUUUAUCGAGGUGGUGAAUGACACCCCUGGGUCUCCCCAAGCAUGAUUAGGAUUGCUGCAUUGAAUGCCAGUUCCACUGUUGAGGAUGACCAUGAAGGUACCUUUAAAAGUCACAAAACCCAAACAAAGGAGGCGCAAGAAGCAGAAGCAUUUGCUUUGUAUCAUAAAGCGUUGGACCUUCAGAAACAUGAUCAAUUUGAAGAAUCUGCCAAAGCUUACCAUGAGCUACUUGAAACUCGCCUCCUGCGAGAGGCAGUUCCAUCUGGGGAUGAGAGAGAGGGAUUAAAACAUCCAGGCUUAAUGCUGAAAUAUUCUACUUACAAAAACUUAGCUCAGCUGGCUGCACAGCGAGAUGACUUUGAGACAGCCAUGGAGUUCUAUUUGGAGGCGGUGAUGCUAGACUCCACCGAUGUCAACCUGUGGUAUAAAAUUGGUCAUGUGGCACUUAGGCUUACCCGCCUGCCCCUGGCGCGGCAUGCUUUUGAAGAAGGUCUGUCAUGCAAUCCAGAUCAUUGGCCUUGUUUAGACAAUCUUAUCACUGUCCUCUACACACUCAGCGACUAUACAACAUGCUUAUAUUUUAUCUGUAAAGCACUGGAAAGAGACUGCCAGUACAGCAAAGGACUUGUUAUUAAGGAGAAGAUCUUUGAGGAGCAGCCAUGCCUCAGGAAGGAUUCAUUAAGGAUGUUCCUUAAAGGUGACCUGUCAAUCCAUGAAGUCAAAGUGAGCCCAUCUGAAGCAAGGGCAAUAAUUGAAGAAGCACUGGAGUUGCGUAGAAAAAGACAGGCUUUGAUGGCACAGAAAAAUGAACCAGAUCUGAAGCUUGUUCAGCCAAUUUCUAUUUUCACGUGGAAGUGUCUUGGAGAAAGUUUGAUGGCCAUGUAUCAGCAUCUGGUUACUUGUGAGCUGCCUCGGCCCAGCCUGGGCAAGAGAAUUGACCUGUUGGAGUACCAAGAUUUGAAUCAACACUUGGCUGUAUUUGCAACUGCUGCUCCUGUCAAUGUCAUCCAGCCCCACCCUGGCAGCCUUAGCCCUGUGAUGACUGCGACUGAACCACUCCUAACAUACACACCAGUGACACCUACCUUUCCUGGUGCAAAUGUGCUGGAAUCAGUCAAUCCUGUAGGUGAUCCCUCUGGGAGUGACAAAUCAAAAAAAGUAGUGAAACGGAAGAGAAUUGCUGAAGACAGUGGUGAGACAGCAAAGAGGCGAUCUGCUCGAGUGCGGAAUACCAAAUGCAAAAAGGAAGAGAAAGUUGAUUUUCAGGAACUGCUCGUGAAGUUCCUUCCUUCACGUCUAAGGAAGCUUGAUCCAGAAGAAGAUGAUGGUCCUUUCAGCAGCUAUGAAGUCCAAUCUGAGGCCAAGGAAGAGAAUUUCCAGCACAUUGGUUCACAUAGAAUGUCAUUUGACUUGACUACAGGCAUGGAGUCAGAGAAGCAGGAUGUUCAUAAGUUCCUCUUGGCUAAUUUGAACAAUGGGGGCAUCCUUGAACUGAUGAUGAGGUACCUGAAAGUCAUCAGCGAGAAAUUCCUAGUGAAAUGGCCAGCGGGCUUGUCUGAGGUUGUCCUGAAUAUCUACAACAGCUGGAGAAAACACAGCAGUAGCCUCCCUAACCCUCUGUUAAGAGACUGUCACAACCAGCAUAUCAGAGAUAUGAUGCUGAUGAGUCUAUCCUGCAUGGAGCUACAACUUGAUCAGUGGUUGCUGACCAAAGGAAAGAGCUCAAUGGUAUCUCCUCGUCCAGCUGCCAGCUCGAUGAAUGGCAAGUUUGGCCCUGAUUUCCCAGGCAGCCAUUUCUUGGGUGAUCUGCUGCAGCUUUCAUUUGCAUCUUCCCAGCGGGACCUAUUUGAGGAAAGUUGGCUGGAAUUUGUGGUUCGAGUGUAUUGGUUGAAAGCACGAUUUCUGGCACUACAGGGUGACAUGGAGCAGGCCUUGGAGAACUAUGAUGUCUGUACAGAAAUGCUCCAGAGCUCUGCUGCAGGGCAAACCAAAAGUGGUGUCAAAGAGAGUGUUGAGCUAAGACUGCCUAAUCUGCAUGUUGAUUCUGUGGUUUCUUUGGAAGAGAUUGACAAGAACCUCAAAUCUCUGGAGAGGUGCCAGUCUUUGGAGGAGAUCCAGCGCUUAUAUGAAGCUGGGGAUUACAGGGCUGUGGUGCACCUGCUUCGCCCGACAUUGUGCUUCAGUGGAUAUAGCCGGACUAAACAUCUGGAGUUUGUCAUCUCAAUACCAGAAAGGCCAGCUCAGCUUCUCCUGCUGCAGGAUUCUCUGCUCAAGUUGAAAGACUAUGUGCAGUGCUUUGAGUGUUCAGAAGUUGCUUUGAAUGAAGCCUUUCAACAGAUGAUUAAUAUGACGGAAGCCUCUGCAAAGGAAGAGUGGGUGGCCACUGUUACACAGCUUCUCCGAGGAAUUGAUUGCUGUUUGGCUUCUGACUGCAGCUGCCUGAAUGAAUCAUCUGCAAUACAGAGUCUUGUCCGACUGGCUAACAACCUGAUCCAGAUAAUAGAUUGCAGCAUGGCAGUCCAGGAGGAACCUAAAGAACCAUUUGUUUCUUCAGUGCUUCCUUGGAUUAUUCUUCAUCGGAUCAUUCAGCAUGAGGAAGACAACUUCCAGUCCCUUUGUUGCCGGCAAGAGGAGCAAUUACAAAACCAAAGCGAGGAAGUGGCUCCAACCCCAGACUCUGCACUGCUGACCUCUUCCCUUAUGCUACUGAACACAGCUCAUGAAUAUCUUGGGAGGAGAUCAUGGUGCUGUAACUCAGAUGGAGCUCUUCUUAAAUUCUAUGUGCGGGUACUGCAAAAAGAACUUUUGGCUUCUACCUCUGAAGAUACCCAUCCGUACAAAGAGGAGCUGGAGACUGCUUUGGAGCAGUGUUUUUACUGCUUAUAUAGUUUCCCAAGCAAAAAGAGCAAAGCACGGUACUUGGAAGAACAUUCCACACAGCAGGUGGACCUGAUAUGGGAAGAUGCAUUAUUCAUGUUUGAAUAUUUUAAGCCCAAGACCCUUCCUGAAUUUGACAGUUACAAGACCAGCACAGUUUCUGCUGACCUGGCCAACCUUCUGAAAAAAAUGGCGACUAUUGUCCCUCGAACAGAUAAGCCCAUGCUGAAGCUAGAGGAAGUUGCCAGCUACAUUGAAGGCACUAUGAGCAAGGUUCCAGCUCUUCCAGAGGGUGCAGACUCUUCUCCUCCUGUUGUGACAGAGCUGUACUACCUCCUGGCUGAUUACCACUUCAAGAACAAAGAACAGUCCAAGGCCAUCAAGUUCUACAUGCAUGAUAUCUGCAUCUGCCCUAACAGGUUUGACUCUUGGGCUGGCAUGGCUUUGGCUCGGGCCAGUCGCAUUCAAGACAAGUUGAACUCCAAUGAAUUGAAGAGUGAUAGUCUGAUUUGGAAGCACUCCACUCCAGUUCUGAACUGUUUCAAAAGAGCCCUUGAAAUUGAUGGUUCCAACCUUUCCCUAUGGAUUGAAUAUGGCACCAUUUCCUAUGCUCUGCAUUCUUUUGCAUCUAGGCAGCUUAAGCAGUGGAAGUCAGAAUUGCCAUCAGAAGUGGUGCAGCAGAUGGAAGAACGACGGAACAGCAUGCUGGAGACAGCCAGGCACUGCUUCACUUCAGCUUCUCACUGCGAGGGGGAUGGAGAUGAAGAGGAGUGGCUGAUCCACUACAUGCUGGGGAAGAUUGCAGAAAAACAAAAACAACCUCCGGUGGUCUACCUUUUUCAUUACAAGCAGGCAGGUCACUUUCUGCAUGAAGAAGCAGCCCGCUAUCCCAAGAAGAUCCACUAUCAUAAUCCACCAGAGCUUGCAAUGGAGGCCUUGGAGGUAUAUUUUCGACUUCAUGCCUCUAUCCUAAAGGUUGUGGGGAAACCUGAUUCUGGAGUGGAUGCAGAGUUGCUUGUCUCUUUUAUGAAAGAAGCUGCGGAAGGACCUUUUGCCAGGGGUGAGGAAAAGAAUACCCCCAAAAUCACUGAAAAGGAAAAGCUUUGCAUGGUGGAUGAUGACUCACGCUCUUCCGCUGGAACUUUGCCAGGCCCUGGGACUUCUCUUCCAUCCUCCUCUGGUCCAGGUCUGACAUCCCCACCCUACACAGCCACUCCAGUUGACCACGAUUACGUCAAAUGUAAAAAAAACCGUCAACAGGCAACACCGGAUGAGAGGAGUCAGGAUAGCACUGCGGUGGUGCUCUCCGAUUCCAACUCUACACAAGACCUGUUCACUGAACUUGCCAGCUCCCAUGACAGUGGGAAGAAGCCUUUUCCAGAGAGGAGGCCGUGUGUCUCAUGUUCAGAAACCACCACUUCUGGGAAAGAGACUUUAGGUCCUGCAGAGGAAAGCGGGAAGUCAGAAGACCCAUUGGAGAAUUCAGAGUCUUGUCAUACAUCUGACCCAAAACUUGAUCUGCAGACACAGUCUAGCAUUCUCUCCAAGGCCUCACUUCACUCCCUUUCCCAGUGGGACUCAAAAAGACAAGCCGAACCCUGCACAGACCCAUUUCCCCAGAGCCUUCCAGAUGAUCUAGAGGAGCAACGUCACGUCCUGACAGAGCACUGCAUCACCUCCUUUCAUCUAUGCCUCAGCCGUUUCCCUCAGCACUACAAGAGUCUCUACAGAUUGGCCUACCUUUAUGCAUACAGCACAACACAUAAGAAUCUUCAGUGGGCUCGAGAUGUGUUACUAGGCAGCAGUAUCCCAUGGCAGCAACUGAAGCACAUGCCAGCACAAGGCCUCUUCUGUGAGAGGAACAAGACAAAUUUCUUCAAUGGAAUCUGGCGCAUCCCCGUGGAUGAAAUUGAUCGUCCGGGUAGUUUUGCCUCUCACAUGAACCGCUCCAUCGUCCUUCUGCUGAACGUGUUGCUACAGCUCAAGGAUUACAACACCCUGCUGAAAGUCUCAUCUAUGUUGCAAAGGACCCCUGAUCAGGGAAAGAAGUACUUGCGGGAUGCAGAUCGUCAAGUUCUUGCCCAACACGCCUUCAUUCUCACAGUGAUGGUUCUGGAGGACAUGCUGAAAGAGCUCACAGAGGUCUCUGAAGAGCAAGACUCCAAGUACAGCAGCCUUUUGGGGGUAAGAAUGACCACUGAUGUCUCAAAUAAAGUUAGCUCUGAAGAAGGACAAGAAGCCCUCCCCAAAAGGACAGCUUUGUCACAUGGGACAGUCAAGGAAGUGACCCAGGGGAAGCCUCCCAGGGCCAUGGACCCCGGGACAGAGCCACAGGAGGCAGCACCUCACCAAGAAGCCACAGAGAGCCCUUGGCCAAGCUCAGCUGAGCCCAUGGACUUUGAUGAAUAUUCCAGUGGCCCAGGAAAGCCAGAGGCAGCCCUGGGGCUCCCUGGCAGGAUUUGCAGGGACAAAGGCCCCGAGGGCCGAACUUCAGAGCUUUCUUUAGAGGAUCUCAGCAUCAGCUCCAAGCAUCAGCAGCUGGACAUAGUGAAAGCCCGAGUCCAAGCAUCUUCAGCAGAGGAAAUCGAGCAGAGAGCAAACAGGAAGAGGAAGCUGAUAAAUGAUACUGAGUCAGGAAAGACUCUGCUUUUGGAUGCUUACCGUGUGUGGCAACAGGGUCAGAAAGUCAUGACUUACGACCUGGCCAAGAUUGAGAAAAUCAUGUCUGAGACAUACAUGCUAAUUAAGCAAGUGGAUGAAGGUGCAGCCCUAGAACAGGCAGUCAAGUUCUGCCAGGUACAUAUUGGAGCCUCUGCUCAAAAGCAAUCUGCAGGAGAAGCCCCAACCACUCCAAAGUAUCCUAGGGACGGCAAGGAGAGCUUCUUCACAGCUGGUCCGCCAUCUUUGACCCCUCAUGCAGAGACUGCUGACUGUGUGGCUUCAGAUACCCUUCUGAGACUGACAGACCUGCAUGCUAAAUCCAAGACAGCCUCUCCCACUGCAUCCUCCUGUGCAAGUGUGCUCCUGUUGCCACCACAGGUGCAAACAGAGGAGGUGGAACACAUCAAAGUGGAGGUGUCCACCAUGUCCAGUCUUGCACAUGAAGAGGAAGAGGAAGAAGAGGAGGAGGAGGAGGAGGAGAGAGGAGGUUGCAGCAAGCUGGACCAUCCUCUAGAAGGACUGGCCUUGCAGCAACAAGACUCCCAACUCUGCCAGCAAAUGAAGAUGGUGACUGCUGCUCCUUCCUCCAGUCUAGCUUGCUGGCAAGUGGAGCUAGAGGCAGUGACAAGCACAAGUACAGGAGACCAAAUCUGUGACCAAGCAUCUGGUUCCAAGAAAGAACUCCAGGUUGCUUCACAGUCCUUGGAAAACCAACCAAACAAGGCUGACAACAACCGAGUGAGAUCCCGUGCACUGCCCAACAUGCCAAAGCUUUUUAUCCCCUCAUCAGUCACCAGAUUUCCCCCUGAGAUCACUGUCACACCACCAACCCCCACGCUCCUAUCUCCUAAGGGCAGCAUUUCAGAAGAAACUAAGCAAAAGCUAAAGUCUGCCAUCCUUUCAGCCCAGUCUGCAGCAAAUGUGAAGAAAGAGAGCCUCUGCCAACCAGCUCUGGAGAUUGUGGAAACUUCAAGCCAAGAGUCCUCCCUGGAAGAGAGUGAUACUGAUGAUGAGGGCGACUACAUGGAUGUGUGACUCCCCUUGGCAGUUCCCUUCCUUUGCCUUUUCAUUGGAGCAUUGCCGCCUGCAAGCCAGCCUUCCUCCAUCAGUAGGACCUGCUGUGUCUCUCACCUCUGCUGUUGCCUUCACCACUGCUGCCUCAUUUGGCAUUGCCUUCAGCUUCCUCAGCAUCCUUACCAGCAUGCUGGCCACCCUUCCAGCCAUAUCCACACCUUCAGUUCUGCAGGCUGCAAGCAUCUCCUCAACUCUUCCCUUCUCUAGGUCGGAAGCUAUUGCAAGGAGCAGAAUGUCCCCAGCUGACUAAGUGAGGAGUUUGGCCAUGCUCCCUGAGAUAUUGCCUCCCAUGUUGGUUUAAGUAAACCAAUCGCAGUCUUGAGUUAAAAGAAUCAGAUAAAGAGAGGUGGCAGUUCGUGUUAUUGCUCUGCCUCAUCAAGAGUUAAUUGGACCAGCUGUGGAGGAAGAAAAGCUGCAGGAAGGGCAUAUUUGGCUGAACUGGGAAGUGUUGAGGAUUUCAAUACCAUUUUAAUAUUGUCUGGUUUUUUACAGAAUGGCACAACAAGAGGUAUAUGUUUGUUUUUAAGAAUCUUGGAAGGAACUGGUCACAUUUAUAUGGAGAAAAUAAAGGAAACUAAGCAUUUUUCUACUGAAUGUUAACUUUGUAAUAUAAUGAAUGCUAACACUGCACAGAAUUGGACGUGACAUGUGCAAAACAUGCAUGGAGCUUAGUAGGUUGAGUUUAUGUUUGUUAGGGUGGGAAAGGGGAUUGACAAAUGGUAUGGUGCAGAGCUUUGUAUAAAUGCACAUUUUUCUAAUAAAGGAAAAUUCUGUUCCCCCAA